AUGAUUUAUCUCUAUUGGAAUGCUAGAGGUUUGGCUAACUCACCUACAAAUUUAGUUCUUAAAAAGAUUAUUCUUAAGCAUAGACCUGGUUUUGUUUUUAUUGCUGAGCCUUGGAUGGAGGGUGAUGUCUUUUUUAAAAGUUGGCUUGACAAGCUUUCUCUCAAGUUCUUUGUUGUUAACCUUAGAGACCCCUCCCCCUUAAUUUGUGGUGUCCUUGUACUAAUAAGUACUCUCCUAAUGUGA